AUGUCGUCCAUGCCAAUGGAACUCAACCUGCCUCGCGUGGUACCCGGGGGCAGGCACAUUAACUACUAUGUCGCCAUCAGCACCGUACUCUUGGUAGUUUGGCUAUUUCAGUCCAGGAAGAAGACGAUCCCCAACAUGCCUUUCUACAAGGCCGCCAAGACGAAGUGGAUGUUUGAUGCAGAGACGUUGAUUCGCGAUAGCUAUAGCAAGUUUCGCGAUACUGUAUAUCAGAUCAAGGCCACGGAGGGCCUGCAAGUACUGGUACCUGCAAGCCUGAUCGGGGAGCUCAGAGGCCUGCCUGAAGAGAUCCUGAGUGCCACGGAGGCCGUAGAUGAGGCCAUGUUAAGCAAAUAUACAAACUUCACUUUGGGUGACCAUGCAGACAUGCUGUCGACACUCGUAAGGUGCAGGCUUUCACAGAACCUUGCGCGUCUUGUGCCCCAACUGAAGGGAGAGCUCGAAUACGUCGUGGCCACAGAGUUUCCCGACUGCAAUGAUUGGACGCCGAUAAAAUUCCAACCUUUCGCCCUUCGAGCUAUCGCACGGAUCAGUGGCCGAGCGUUCGUUGGCCCUGACAUCAACCGACAGGAGCAGUGGAUGGACAUUAGCAUCAACUUCGCCAUUCACGUCUUCGUUGCCGUUGUGAAGAUGCAGCUGUUCCCUGGGUGGGCCCGGCCUAUUGCGCAGUAUGGGGUGUCGGAACUGAGACAAAUUCGCAACGACGUCGACAAGGCUAGCGCGAUGCUGAAGCCAAUCAUAGAAGAGAGGUUGCGGGAUCUGGAGAUGCCGAGCGGCGAAAAGUCACCAGAUGACUUGAUUCAAUGGCUCGUCGAAGCCCUGCCGGAAGAUGAAAAAAUGGACAUCAGGUCCCAGGCACACCUGCAGCUCAUUCUGGCGGCAGCCUCAAUCCACACGACCAACAAUUUGGUUACCGACUGCAUUUACGAUCUCGCAGCUCACCCAGAGGCGCAGGACAUGCUGCGGGAAGAGGCGCACCAAGUUCUCGAGGUUGAGCACGGCUGGGCAAGGAAAGACAGCAUGGCCAAGCUGAAGAAGCUGGAUAGCUUCAUGAAGGAAACCCAGCGUCUUGCCGGAAACAUUACAUCUUUCAUACGCAAAGUUGUCAAGCCAAUUGAUCUCUCUGAUGGCACUCACUUGCCCCCAGGCACCAAGGUACUGGCGCCACAGGCUGGCAUUUCGCACGAUGAACGAUAUUUUGAAGAUCCCGAUACGUUCGACGCGCUGCGGUUUUACAAGCUACGACAACAGUCUGACGAGGAUGCCAACCGGUGGCAAUUCACCAGCAUUAGCGACACGAACAUGAACUUUGGGGCUGGCAAGCACGCCUGUCCUGGCAGAUUCUUUGCAGGGAACGAGAUCAAGCUGGUCUUGGCGUAUUUCCUGCUCAACUACGAUAUCAAGCUUAAGGACGGGGAGACGCGGCCAAAGCCAAGUAUCAUGGUAAUGAGCAAGUCACCUGACCCCAACGCGGAAAUCCUAUUUCGGAGGCGGACGGUGGCGUUUUGA